ACCAGCUCACUCAUAACUGUGGGAUGAUAAGGACUACCUCUUUUUUACUUUUGGUGAGAGCCAAGCCGUUAGGAGAGCAUUCAGCAUCAGCUGUUCAACACUGGUCUCUCAUUGCUGGAAGUCGGGGCUGAAUCAGUCACAUGACAGAACUGGAGGCAGAGAUCUAGAGAAAAGGCACAGCAUUUCGGCUUGCACCGCCAUACUGUAUUUUGAGCCAUAUCACAUUUUUAUUGCAACAUUUUACUCCCGCUCGGUGAGUACAUUUUCAAUGGCUUUUUUGUAAGCAUUUUUUGUCUUUUUAAUUGCCCCCUUUUUUAUUUUUCUCUCUUUUGCUGGUGUUUGAAUUGAGCAUUGACAUGGUGGUUUUGAGCGUUUUUCACAUCCAGGCUUCAAGUUUUUAGCAUGCAGUUAUUCUGAUCCAGAGUGCCAAGAGGGUAAUCGGUGCGUUAUCGGUCUUGAGAAAGCCUUUACUUGCUUGCAGUUUUGUUUCGAGGGUCGAAACCAAGCAGCUUUUGUCAGUAUUGCGAUUUUUCGAACAAUUUAUUGGUGGUUUUGAAACAUUUUUAUUUUUUUGUUUCUGUCGACUUUUGCUGUUGCUAUGCUUUGGUUUGCAUUUUGCAGUGUUGUUUGUUGCCUUCGAGUUUUGUGAUUUUGGUGUGUCGGUGAAUGUCACCGAUCAACCCCUUUGCUUUUACUUUUCUUUAUAAAAAAAGGAGUCCUUUUUAAAGCCCGAUGACGUUUUAACGUGAUACUUUUCUUGCAGCUGAGCUCUCAGGUUUGUUGUUUUUGUGUUUCUCUCUUUUUUCGAUUUCAUUAUACUUUUGCUGGUGGCAGUGUCAAGUAUUUUUUGGAUGUGCUCGUUUUUCGACUAGAUGAUGCUGGGUGGACGAGGGGAGUUUUGAUUCUUGGGGGAGUUCAAUGCGUUUUUGUUUUCUGUAUCAACGAGGAUGAACAGACAUUUUCCCCUUUGCAGGAGGGCAACUGGAGGAGAAUGACUGGUAAACUCCAGACCAGCAACGUGACCAACAAGAAUGACCCGCGCUCGCUAAACUCCAGAGUCUUUAUCGGCAACCUCAACACAGCCAUCGUCAAGAAGACCGACAUAGAGGUCAUCUUCGCCAAGUAUGGAAAGAUAGUGGGUUGCUCUGUGCACAAAGGUUACGCCUUCGUACAGUAUUUAAACGAGAGGAACGCCCGAGCAGCUGUGGCGGGAGAAAACGCCCGUAUCAUCGCUGGCCAGCCUCUUGACAUAAACAUGGCAGGCGAACCCAAGCCAUACAGGCCCAAAGCCGGCUCCAAACGGCAGCUGUCAGCUGUUUAUAGCGGUUAUGAAUUUGAUUACGAGUACUACAGGGAUGAUUUUUACACCAGGCUUUUUGACUACCAUGGCAGAGUGCCCCCCCCACCAAGAGCCGUGAUUCCUGUCAAACGCUCCAGAGUGCUCGCUCCCUCUUCCCGCCGCGGGAAGACCUCCUUCCCCAUCAAAACAUCCUCCUCUUCCUCCUCUUCAUCCUCCAGACCUCCCUCAUCCGGGCUCAAACUGAAGACGGACCAGCUUCAGACUAUUAAACGGGAGCUCACUCAGAUCAAGUUGAAGAUCAACUCUUUGCUGGGACGCCUGGAGAAGAUCGAGAAGCAGCAGAGAGCCGAGUCCGCUCAGAGAAAGUACGAGGACAACUGUGAUUCCCUGCAUGAGGAGUCUGUAUCUGAGACGGCUGAAAACUCGGUGGAGGAGCUUGGUGAGGGGGCGCUGGACAUGGAGGCAGGAGAGAUGACCGAUGGCGGCGAGGACGACUACGACGAGGAUGGCAGCCACCAUCUGAUAGAGAACCAUGUAUCGGAUGUUGACAACUGAGAUCAGAAUGAGGCAGCAGACACCCCCGGUCGGUGGUAUUAGAAUUCAUCAUCACCUUCAAGAGAGAAAAGGAGCUCUGAGGGAUCAAGACUUUCAUUCUGGACUGUAAGUUGUGUUCAAGUGAUGCUGCAUCACAUUCAGAUGCCCAACUGUGACGCACAAACCAAACGUUAUGUGCUCUCUAAAGAAAAUGUAUUCAAGACCCAUUUUAAUUCAUUGGCCUGAGUUCACCUCAUGGAUAUUCUGUGCAAGUUCUUUAUUCAUUGCGAAAGGCUAACCACAUCAUGCGCUAAUCCUGUACCUGAAAAAAAAUUAAAAAGAAGGGAAUGAAAUGAA